AAAGGACAGGAGUGCUGCUCAGUGUCAAAUGAACAGGAAAGUCAGCUUAAAGGACACUCCUUGCAGGGACUGAGCUGGCACCUACUCCUUAGAGCUUGCUGAUACCAGGCCUGCCACGCGACAUCUGCAAGGACAGUUGUUUGGUGUUUUGCUUCAGGUUAUAGAUGGAGAGACCUAUAAAGGACUCCAUGUUUUCGUUGGCCCUGAAAUGCCUUAUCAGUCUGUCCACCAUCAUCCUUUUGGGCUUGAUCAUCGCCUACCACACACGUGAAGUCCAGCUCUUCGUGAUCGACAAUGGCGCGGAUGACUGGCGGAUAGCCAUGACCUACGAGCGCAUCCUCUACAUCAGCCUGGAGAUGCUGGUGUGCGCCAUCCACCCCAUUCCUGGCGAGUACAAGUUCUUCUGGACGGCACGCCUGGCCUUCUCCUAUACACCCUCCCGGGCGGAGGCCGAUGUGGACAUCAUCCUGUCUAUCCCCAUGUUCCUGCGCCUGUACCUGAUUGCCCGAGUCAUGCUGCUGCACAGCAAGCUCUUCACCGAUGCCUCGUCCCGCAGCAUCGGGGCCCUCAACAAGAUCAACUUCAACACCCGCUUUGUUAUGAAGACACUCAUGACCAUCUGCCCUGGCACUGUGCUGCUCGUGUUCAGCAUCUCUCUGUGGAUCAUUGCUGCCUGGACCGUCCGUGUCUGUGAAAGUCCUGAAUCACCAGCCCAGCCUUCUGGCUCAUCACUUCCUGCUUGGUGAGUUGCAUGUAUGUCUUAUCUCCAUGACGAAGCUCCAAGCCACUGGAGAGCAGGGUGCAUGUCCAAUUCAUCUCAGCAUCUUCCGUAGCCCCCACCAGAGAAGCGAUCACUGAAGGCUGACAAACAACGAAGGACACUCUCAAGAUCUUCACUCCUCUCCUCAGCACACACAGUUAGCACGCACAGGAGUUUAUUAUGGUGAAUGAAAAAAGAAACUCACAAGAACAUAAUUUAUAUGUAAUUCCACUUUGAUCUCUAAUCUCUUUACCUUGGCAUCCUCCCACAUAUGAAUAGGAUGGUCCAUGAUCCUAAGGGCAGCCAAACAGCCAGGGAGCACGAGUUUAAUCCUCAGGGUUUGCAGGGAAAGGAGGACUGUGGAGACCCACGUGCACAAGAAAAUCCAUGAUGUGCACAGAGGCCAGGCUACAAAUUAAUCCUAACUUCAUGGUUCGGUAUUCAAGGCUCCCCAUUGCUUCUCCCUGGACACCUGCAAAGCUUCUAGCAGCACUGCUUAUCUGGGGCCUGACCCCUUUAGUCAGUCUUUCAUGUAGAAGAAUCAUUUUCAGAUACUAAGUAUCUCAUGUCUUUUCUUUGUCCAAGAACUUACAGUUGAUUUCUUUUGUAUCUGUAUCAAAUAGUUCUCCAGCCUAAACUUCAAGACAUCUUCAUGAAUGCCUCACCACUCCACUGCACGUGUAAAUCCAUGCCCCUGUAUUUUUCUGUCUAUUGUUUCUCAGACUGAUAACACCUGCGCCCUCUCAGCAACAAUAAUGGCUGACAUUUAGUGAGCACUUAAUUUGGGUCACUGUGCUGGUAUUGCUUGUGGGUUAUUUUACUUAAUCCUCCCAUCAUCGGAUAAGGAAAUUGAUUGACAGAGAGGGCACGUCACUUGCCCACAGCCGUGGAGCUACUUAACUCUGGAGCUGGAGCUCCAAGCCAGGCAAGCCCAGCCCAGCCCAAGAUCACUGGCUCAGCUCAACUCCUCAUUGCUAAACUGCCUCAACCACAUUUCUUCAGACCUUACCCAAGACUUAUCUUCCAGAAAAUGUUUUUCAGAAGAACUGAGGACCCUGGCUGUGACUGUAUUACAUUUAUGUGUUGCAGGCUUGUGGCGUGGAGCUGCCUUUAUGUCUUCUCCCUUCUGUGUCCCCUCCCACAGUCACUGAGUCUUGCUGCUUUAGAGAAGCUAAAGUCUGAUUUUCCACCACUGCCUCAGCACAGGGCCUGAGGAUAGGGUCUGCCACCAUCCCUCCAGCCAGAAAGCAACCUGCUGGGAAGGGAGGGGUUGCAUUGACCUGAGGGCCUAGCAGGGCAGAGUGAGCAGGCCAGGGAGGCAGCUGCCUUUCCAAGGCCACAGCAGAACUGGGAGGGGGCUGAUGCACUGGGUCACGGUCAGGGGUAGACGCAAUCCUGGGAAUCAGAGUUGGGAGCCACCAGCCUGUGCUACUCAAGGAUAGCCAGGGGAGCAAAGGCAGGCCCAGCCCAGGGAAAUGAGGCCCACGCAGCCAGCCAGGGGCCCCUAGGGUGGUAACAGAGCAUCCCUGGGGAGCAAGUAUAGCAGAUGGAGUGGGCAGGUAAGGCCAUCUCAUUAGCAGAGCUUUGGGGAGGGGGUAUCUUUUCUUCAGAUGUCCCCAGAAGUACCAGACACCCAUGUCCUUGUGCAGACAGCCACAAAAAGGCUAAUGCUGUGCCACCCACUGGGUCCCCAGUUGCUGGCCAAGGACUCAAGUGGGGCUGGAGAGCCCACCAUUGAUGUGCUCACGGGAAUCUGCUAGGGCCGGGCUCCGGUGGGUGAGAAAGGCUGUGGCCUGCGUCUCUGUCCCAGCUUUGCACACCUGUUUCUUGCCUGGUCACCCCACCUCUGUGUCCUGUCUCUUCAGAUACCCUGCUCGCCACCCGCAGACCAUUCUUCCCAGCAAGCUGUGUUAUCUUGUCAUUCCUGUGCUCAAGAACCCAGAACCUCUUCUAAGGCCUCUAAGACAAGAUCCAAGCUUCUUCUCCCAGAAUUCCAGGCCUUCCUAAAUCUGACCCCUGGUCUCUGAAGCCCCCUGGUCACCUGCUACUGGAGCCCAGGGCGGGGCAGCUACAAGCCCCUGUCUGACUCAGAAAGGGAGGCCUCUGUGGACACCCCAGAGCCCCCUCUAGAGACAGCUCCACGAGAGCCCCAGCCACCACAGCUUCCCUCCAGACCCCCGGGAGAUGCCAGUCUUUGAGAUGCUUCAACUUUCUUAGAGGAAAUCGCUGAAUAUGUUUGGUACCAUGACCAGCAGGACGUAACUAGUAACUUUCUGGGUGCCAUGUGGCUCAUCUCCAUCACAUUCCUUUCCAUUGGUUAUGGGGACAUGGUGCCCCACACAUACUGUGGGAAAGGUGUCUGUCUCCUCACUGGCAUCAUGGGUGCAGGCUGCACUGCCCUUGUGGUGGCCGUGGUGGCCCGAAAGCUGGAACUCACCAAAGCGGAGAAGCACGUUCAUAACUUCAUGAUGGACACUCAGCUCACCAAGCGGAUCAAGAAUGCUGCAGCCAAUGUCCUUCGGGAAACAUGGUUAAUCUAUAAACACACAAAGCUGCUAAAGAAGAUUGACCAUGCCAAAGUGAGGAAACACCAGAGGAAGUUCCUCCAAGCUAUCCACCAGUUGAGGAGCGUCAAGAUGGAACAGAGGAAGCUGAGUGACCAAGCCAACACUCUGGUGGACCUUUCCAAGAUGCAGAAUGUCAUGUAUGACUUAAUCACAGAACUCAAUGACCGGAGCGAAGACCUGGAGAAGCAGAUUGGCAGCCUGGAGUCGAAGCUGGAGCAUCUCACCGCCAGCUUCAACUCCCUGCCGCUGCUCAUCGCCGACACCCUGCGCCAGCAGCAGCAGCAGCUCCUGUCUGCCAUCAUCGAGGCCCGGGGUGUCAGCGUGGCAGUGGGCACCACCCACACCCCAAUCUCCGAUAGCCCCAUUGGGGUCAGCUCCACCUCCUUCCCGACCCCGUACACAAGUUCAAGCAGUUGCUAAAUAAAUCUCCCCACUCCAGAAGCAUUACCCAUAGGUCUUAAGAUGCAAAUCAACUCUCUCCUGGUCGCUUUGCCAUCAAGAAACAUUCAGACCAGGGAACGGAAAGAAGAGAGACCGAGCUAAUUAACUAACUCAUGUUCAUUCAGCGUGCUUGGUCCGACAUGCCUUGAAACCAGAAAUCUAAUCUCUGUUUAGGUGCCUCUACUUGGGAGCGGGAAGAGGAGAUGACAGGAAGCGACGCCUCUGGCAGGGCCCUUGCUGCAGAGUUGGUGGAGAACAGAAAUCCACGCUCAAUCUCAGGUCUUCACGCGGGGGGUGGGGGUCAGAUGCACUGAAGUAGCCAACAGCGAAGCCAGUCCAGAAGAGGGGUCCGCUGGGAGGGAGGGUUGUGUCAGGCUUGGGGGAUGGGCUCUUCGCCAUGGGGGUCUUUGAACACACCUCUCUCCUUUCCUUUUGUCUACGGAAGCCUCUGGGUGACAAAAGUAAAAGAGAGCUGCCCACAACUUGCCAAAACAGAUAUACUCGAAUCAGACUGAAAAAAAAAAGACACAGACAAAUAAAAAGCCAGAUUUUCCACUCGAUAUUAAUACCCACAUAAA